AUGACAAAGAUUAUCCCAUCUUCUUUACUUCUUCUUUUAGUAGUGAUUAGUAGUUCUUUAAUAGUUUCUUCUUCUGGAAAUUUCUUCCAAGACUUUGCAAUUACAUGGGGAGAUCAUCGUGCUAAGAUAUUCAAUGGAGGUCAGCUUCUAACACUCUCCCUCGAUAGGGUAUCAGGUGCUGGAUUCCGAUCUAACAGUGAGUAUCUGUUUGGAAGUAUUGAUAUGCAACUCAAGCUUGUUGCUGGUAACUCUGCUGGCACUGUCACAGCUUAUUAUUUAUCAUCACAAGGCUUCAACCACGACGAGAUCGAUUUUGAAUUCCUUGGAAAUCUAAGUGGAGAUCCUUAUAUCCUACAUACUAAUGUAUUCACUCAAGGGAAAGGGAACAGGGAACAGCAGUUCUAUCUCUGGUUUGACCCCACCAAGAAUUUCCACACUUAUUCCGUUGUUUGGAAUCCCAGAAACAUCAUCUUCUUAGUGGAUAAAAUUCCAAUAAGAGAAUUCAUGAAUCGAGAAUCAAUAGGGAUACCCUUCCCCAAAAACCAGCCCAUGAGGAUCUACUCAAGCUUAUGGAACGCCGACGACUGGGCAACUAGAGGUGGGCUUAUUAAAACUGAUUGGUCCAAAGCACCAUUCACUGCCUUUUACAAGAACUUCAAUGCCGAUGCCUGUGUUUGGUCUUCAAAGAGCUCUUCCUGCACACCGACCUCUACCUACUCUGUACCCAACAACGCAUGGCAGUCACAACAGCUUGACCCGGUGAACCGGAGGAGACUCAGAUGGGUGCAGAAGAAUUACAUGAUCUACAACUAUUGCUCUGAUUUUAAACGUUUCCCUCAGGGUCCGCCACGUGAAUGCAGGCGCUAGGAGUGUCAAAUGCUCGG